UCAGCCGGCAGAGGAGUGAAAGACGCCGCCGCUGCCGCCACUGACGAGCUGCUCGCGCACAACCGCGAGAAUCGCGAGCAUCUGACAGCAGCGCGAGCGAUGCCAGUCUUCGGCUGCGAGGAAACAGACUAGUAAAGAGAAGCUCCCCCUGCUCUUGGCCGCGUUUUGUCUUGGUUUCAGCGGCGUGAACACAGCGCAGCGAGCAUGUCGGUGCUAGCUCUGCAAGAGUAUGAAUUCGAGAGACAGUUCAACGAGGACGAAGCCAUCCGAUGGAUGCAGGAGAACUGGAAGAAGUCCUUCCUCUUCGCGGCUCUGUACGCCGCCUGUAUCCUCGGCGGCCGUCACCUCAUGAAACAGAGGGAGAAGUUCGAGUUGAGGAAACCGCUGGUGAUAUGGUCGCUCACACUCGCUGUUUUCAGUAUAUUUGGUGCCAUCCGUACUGGGAGUUACAUGACGUACAUCUUGAUGACGAAAGGGCUUAAACAGUCGGUUUGUGACCAGAGUUUUUACAACGGGCCCGUCAGCAAGUUCUGGGCGUACGCCUUUGUACUCAGUAAAGCACCAGAAUUGGGUGACACUCUCUUCAUCGUGCUGAGGAAACAGAAGCUCAUCUUCCUCCACUGGUACCAUCACAUCACCGUGCUGCUCUACUCCUGGUACUCGUACAAAGACAUGGUGGCCGGCGGCGGCUGGUUCAUGACGAUGAACUACUUGGUCCACGCCGUCAUGUACUCUUACUACGCGCUGCGGGCGGCCGGCUUCAAGGUGUCGCGCAAGUUUGCCAUGUUCAUCACGCUGACCCAGAUCACCCAGAUGGUCAUGGGCUGCGUGGUGAACUACCUGGUGUACUCGUGGAUGCAGCAGGGCCAGGAGUGUCCGUCCCACAUGCAGAACAUUGUGUGGUCCUCCCUCAUGUACCUCAGCUACUUUGUGCUCUUUGUCCAGUUCUUCUUCGAGGCCUACGUCGGCAAGUCCAGAGCAAGGGCCGCGGCUGCGGCCGCCGCCGCCGCCACCACCACCACCACCACCACCAAGAAGAGCGAGUAAAGAGAUGAAACAAAUGCCAUAAGUUUGAGAAGAAGGGAGAUAAUGAAUAGAGGAGGGAGUUUGAGAAUGGAGAUAUGGGACCAAUGUUUUUUUAGAAAGAGAGGGAGAGGUUGAAUGAAGGCUGGGGAGACAGGUGUAAGGGUGGGCGUGGGAGGGUCAAGAGGACGGCUGGUGUUUGUGCUUGAGCAGUUCUACUAACGUGCAGUUCUUUAAAAAGCCUCUUCUGGGGUGAUGACUCUGUUGAGGGGGAUGCUGGAGAAGAAGCCAGCGCUGCCAUGAUGAACCAGAAGCCAUCGCGAGUUCUUCACCUGAUGUGUAAAAAAAAAAAAAAAAAAAGUAGUUCUUGAAUCUUAAAAGAUAAUGAAAAAACAAAACAAAAAAACAUCAUCUGCCACAAAUGUUUACUUGAUUACUUGGUAUUUUAAAAGAAAAUAAUAAUCAGAACAUAUGAAGAUGGAUGUGUAGUGUUAACCGGGGCCAUCGGAGUGUGUUGUUUUUCUGUCUGUCAUCUGUGUUUGUUGUUUUGUUUUUGAUCUGUUGGAGGAAACGUUUGAAAACACUCCCGAGUGUUUAAAGCUGCUGCGUCGGGUCGAUAUAAACUGAUGGGCUGAGCGGGACUGUAUCUUCUCUGUCUUACGUUGCAAAAUGUGAUAUUUUUCUCAGGUCUUAGGUUAUCUCUUAAAUAUAAUAUGAUAUAAUAUAAUAUGCAUAUCAAACAAGAGGUAGACAUGUUUGGCAUCGGUGUUGGUUUACAGAAAAUGGCUGACAUACAUCCAGUAUUGGCCACAUUUAACAAACAAACAAACAAACAAACAAACAAACAAACGAGAAAAAUGAAGUGGAUCUGUUUGACUGACUCAGAUGAUCACGCUGCACCUGGGCAUGAUGGCAAAACAGAUGCUGACCGCGCCCCCGACUUCACCGUUUGCCAUGACUUUGCAGAAGCUGCCAACCGCACUUGGGGGAGGAAAAAGGACUUGCCGUUGAUUUCCAGAUAGUUGACUGUGUCCAAGCAUUCCGACCAGUGAAGGAAAGAAACCUUGUCUGUUGGACACUGAAAGCCCAAUUGAAGGACAAACAUAUUUAUGUUUAGCAAAAGAAGAAGAAAAACAAACAAACAAAAACAAAAAACUCAAAACAUGCAAAUUGUCAAAAAUCUGCUGUGUUGACUUUAAAAAAUAGUGUGUAACAUUAAUGUUGUGCUAUUGUGCAUUUGCACUGUAUCAAUGUCAAAAACAGUUGUUGCUGAGAAAACUUAACGUAUGAACAAAGAGUGCUAAAAAUGUGA